AAAAUGGCUGAUGAAAACCACUUUUUCACUGACGCAAAGACCCACGAUAUUAAGAAGGACCUUGAAUUCGGCAAGGUUUUGGGAAGUGGUACCUUCUCCAUCGUCAGAGAAGCCGCCCAAAAGAAUGAUGGUAGAAAAGUUGCCGUCAAGAUUAUCGAUAAAACAAACUUGGAAGUAAAUAAGGAUUCAUUAAAAACAGAAGUUUCAAUUUUAAAGAGCGUAAACGAUCAAAAUAUUGUAGAAUUAAUUGAUGUUUAUGAAAACGGUAUGAAGGUUUACCUUGUCAUGGAAUUGCUAACAGGAGGUGAGCUUUUCGACAGAAUUGUGAAUAAGUACCCAGAAGGUUACUCUGAAGAUGUUGCUGCUGAAUUAAUUAGAAAGAUAGUUUCCUCAAUCAAAUACUUGCACUCUUGUGGUGUUGUCCACAGAGAUUUGAAACCAGAAAAUUUAAUUUACUCUUCUGAUGGAAAUGACAGUGAUAUCAAAAUCACUGACUUUGGUUUGGCAAAAAUUGCCGAUGGUGACUUUUUGUUAAAGACUGCUUGUGGUACACCAAACUAUGUUGCCCCCGAAGUCCUUCAAAAUACUGGUUAUGAUGCCUCUGUAGAUAUGUGGUCUAUUGGUGUUAUUUUGUAUAUACUUUUGUGUGGUUUCCCACCAUUUUACAGUGAAAAUACUCCAGAACUGUUCGAACAAAUUAUUAAUGGAGACUAUGAUUUCCCAUCCCCUUACUGGGACAAGGUCAGUGACAGUGCUAAGGAUUUGAUCCGACACUUGUUGGUCGUAAAUCCAAAGAAGAGAUUUACUCCAGAUCAAACAUUGAGCCAUCCAUGGAUUAAGAAAUUGUCUACUAAUAAGAAUCACAGACCAGAAAUUAUUGAUGAAUUGAGGAAGUUUAAUGCUAGACGUAAAUUUAAGAUUACUGUAGAAGCUGUUUUGGCUGCUCAAAAACUCUUAGGAAAGUUAAAGAACAGAAAAUCAUCUAUCAAGAAGCAUUAAUUCGUGAUCCAAUGUAAAAUACUACCAUUACCAUUAUUUCAAUAAAAGUUCUAGGUAAAGUGU